AUGGCCUUGUAUAUCGAAAAAAGGGAACAAAGGUCUCUGACCACGGCCACUUCGGGAAGCCCGCGUUUUGAUCUCCGGAUGGUUGCCGAAUUGGGUCUUAAAGACCUUGUCAACCCACCAGAGAUUCCAUUCCCAUUCAGGCGGAUCAGCAAGACAACAAUAGGUGUCCUGGCUGGCAAGAUGAGGUACGAAGUAGUCAAUGUUGUUAGCGUGAACCUCUCCUGCAGGUUCACGUCCACCCAACAACGCCAGGCUAUGCAGGAUGCAGGCAGUUAG